UCCUCCACCGAAGCUUAACUCUAGCUUUCAACAAGAAGAAACAGAAAUACCGUGACUGGAGCAGCGGAGCAACGCUUCAAGACAAACAAGACAAAAGAUCAACUCGAUCAGAAAAGGCUUCUCAAGCUCAGACUCUGACAAUAGAGAAAGACUUUCUCAACAAGACUUAAGGAAAAACUAGAAUCUACAAGGAAGGAAAGAUGUCUGCUGGAAUGAAGAAAAUGAUUUUGCUGCCUUUGCUGUGCAUCAUGCUCUCGUACAUGGCUGCAGGUCAGGGGUGCAGUGGCCAGUGCUCGUGCCCCUCCACUCCCCCACAGUGCCCCCCAGGUGUGAGCCUGGUGCUGGAUGGCUGUGGCUGCUGCAGGGUGUGUGCCAAACAAAUGGGGGAGCUCUGUACUGAGAAAGACGUCUGUGACCCACACAAAGGCCUCUAUUGUGACUUCGGAGCCCCCAUCAACAAACGCAUAGGAGUCUGCACAGCCCAAGAGGGAGCCAACUGUAUGUUUGGAGGCAUGGUGUACAAGAGUGGAGAGAGCUUUCAGAGCAGCUGCAAGUACCGGUGCACCUGUCUGGAUGGAGCUAUAGGCUGUGUCCCUUUUUGCUCCAUGGACAUCCGGCUACCCAGCCCUGACUGCCCCGUACCCAGACGGGUCAAGGUGCCAGGGAAGUGCUGCGAGGAGUGGGAGUGUGAACCUCCCCACACUGACAGUAUCAUGGGGUCUGUUUUGCCUGCCUAUAGAGAAGAGGAGACAUAUGGCCCAGAUCCUUCCCUGAUGAGGGAGAACUGCCUGGUUCAGACUACUGAAUGGAGUGCCUGCUCUAAGACCUGUGGCCUUGGGAUCUCCACCAGGGUCACCAAUGAUAACAGUGAAUGCCGCCUUGAGAAACAGAGUCGGUUGUGCAUGGUGCGACCCUGCGAGUCACAGAUGGAGCAAAGCAUUAGGAAAGGGAAAAAGUGCAUCCGUACUCCCAGGCUCUCCAAGCCCAUGAAGUUUGAGAUCUCUGGCUGCACCACCACCAAGUCCUACAGGCCAAAGUUCUGUGGCGUCUGCCUGGACGGCCGCUGUUGCACCCCCCACAGGACCACCACCCUGCCCAUGGAAUUCAAAUGCCCUGACGGACAGGUCAUGAAGAAGCACAUGAUGGUCAUCAAGUCCUGCGCCUGCCACCACAACUGCCCCGGAGAGAACGACAUCUUCGAGUCCAUGUAUUACAAGAAGAUGGUGGGAGACAUGGCAUGAGCUGCUGAAAGAUGGUCAGAGCAUAUGACUUGAAAACAAUCAGAAAUUCAUCUCAUUUUGCAGCUCAAUAUAUUGUUUUUUAAUUUUCUCAUUGUAAAAGUAGUCCAGACACUUGUCUUAGUGUCUGUGUGUUUUUGUAUGGCUGGUGCACAUCAGCCACAUAGACUCAGACAGAGGGUUGCAUAGCAGCUCCAAUAGACUCCUGCACUAUAACUUCUAUUUUUGACAAACCUUCUGUCAGGUUUCUAUCCAGUCUCCUUGAAAUCCUUUUUACAAACUCAUCCAUCUUACUGUAGCUAUUUUAUACCUUAUCUAAACCUUGACCUCGUCUCUAAAUGAGUUGUUUAAUGAGUCCCCCCGCCCUCCGAGGCCAGACCAGACCUGCAAACUCCAAUCAGCUGUAGAGGGAGUGUGCAGACCGCAGCAGGAUAAUGUUCCCCUGUCUAAACAGGCAUGAAUGUGUCCUUGUCUGUACCUACGCUGCUCACUCUGCUCACAGAGUAGAGGAAAGGUCAGAGUUUCCGCCCAACACAUAGAUGAGAACGCAAGCAGCUUGCUGAAUUUAGGGUUAGAUAUGAAACGCAGUCGGCAUCACAACGGCACUGAGAAAAACAAGUACGCGUUGGCUGAUUCAGGUCAGAAGGAAGAAAUCAAGUGUCUAUAGGAACAAAGUGUCUAUUUUGUAUAAAAAAAAUAGAAAAGACUGGAAGAAUUGUAAUUUCAUUCCUUUUUUAUUGUUGUGUAAAUGAUGUAUAUAUUUGUACAGUUUAAGUUAAUUUAAAAGCCAAAUUUGUUCUGUGCUUUGAUAUGUAUCGAUAGUGUAUUUUUGUCAACAGUAUUUUGUACUAUUUUAUUGAGAAGUGUGGCAAAAUGUUACAUGUUUCACUCUGUA